GCAGGAGUACUUUCAAUUCUUCAAUGGAAAGGGCGACAUUACCGGCUACGCCGCCACAACGAGGAAGGACGGUGCCCUCAGCCGUUACAAAGCCGUUGGACUCCUUUCUCAUUUGGUUGCACAGAAGCAAGGUUUCAUGCAAUGGUUGAGGGGUUUGAAACCAGUUCAUUGCAUUUUCGUCCGCAUCUUCGAUGAUACCAACGUUUAUGUUACUCCAGAGGCUGGCCCUGCAAAGGGGGCAGACGUUGACUUAGAAGGUGCUGAUUUGACGGAGGAGAGGGAGGAAGAUGAACAGGAGCAGCAGCCUGUGCUUGGCUGCAAGAGGGGCCGUACUGGUCGGCGCAAAGUGCAGCCACUACUUGGAAUGCUGCAGUGGGCUGUUGCCCGCCGAAGUGACAGGCAGCGAGCUGCCGCCGAUGCUGUUGAAUCUGUGCAGCUUUUUGCGCCCUCGCAGGUCAUGCCGAAGGCGAACGCCGCGACCCUGCUCGACCGAAUCGGGAAAUGGAUGCUGCCGGGAGAUGAGGCAGAUAUUGCGAGCAACGCAAAACUGCUGAAGGAGUGCUCCCUGGAGCUCACGGAAGAGCAACUUGACCUCACAUUGCAGAUGCUGAAUACGGACUGGUGUCAGCCAUUGGAUCCUGGAGAGCCGCUGCGCCAUUACUGUGCACCCGGCUGUUGCGCGUCUACGAAGGCUUUUCGUCUCAGGAUGCGCGCGGUGCUGGAUGGUUUGUUCGCCCAUCUCUUUGCAUGCCCUUUGCUUUAUCGCUGGAAAAACUUUGACGAGGCUUGCACAUGGGUAGCAAGGGGCAUGGUGAUCCGGGGUUUAUUGAAGCAAAUUUGGGGGCUCUGUAAACAAGAUGCCGCAGAUAACUUGGAAGACCUUGUGUCGCUGCAAGCUAUGGAUGAAGACAAUCCAGAUAUGAACCCCAGCUUGCGGCAACAGGUUCGAGUAGCCAAAGUUAUGGGCCUGCUCUCGGAACCAGACGCGGCAGCCCGCUUCCUGAAGACCUUGCUG